CGGCUGCUUUGUUUUGCCCUCCCACGCGGUGCAGACUCCCCUGUGGCGUGUCGUCGUCAACAAACUUCAUGUUUGCGUCCACAAAAAGACUCAACACUUCGCUGAGCUGACGAGCCGCCAGUUUUGUUCACUUCAUCUCGACCCAUUUUGGGCAAGCAGCGAGCGGACUAUUAGUGGGGGCUGCAGCGCGCCAAACUACACAGGCAGCGGAAGUCUUUAUUGUGCGCACGCAGCUCCAGAUCGUCCUUCUUCUCGUCCUCCUUCUCGUCUUUGUCGUCCUUUAGUCGGCGACGUUGACUAGUGAGCGUGUCGACUGCAGCGGCAGGCAGGCAGCGAUGGUGAAGCUGAGCAAGGCCAAGACCUUCCAGGCCUACCUGGACUCCUGCCACCGGCGCUACAGUUGCGUGCACUGCCGCGCACACCUGGCCAACCAUGAUGACCUCAUCUCCAAGUCUUUCCAAGGAAGUCAAGGCCGGGCGUACCUCUUCAACUCUGUGGUGAACAUCGGCUGUGGUCCUGCAGAGGAGAGACUGCUGCUCACAGGUCUUCAUGCAGUGUCUGAUAUCUACUGUGAGAACUGUCACACCACCCUGGGAUGGAAAUAUGAACAAGCCUUUGAGUUGAGUCAGAAGUACAAGGAAGGGAAGUACAUCAUUGAGUUGUCCCACAUGAUCAAAGACAACGGCUGGGACUGAGAGGACACUCCACUCUCCUCGCCGCGACCUUGGUCCUGGUCCCGGUCCCAGCAGGGUUCCGGUCUCGCUUCCUCAUCCUGCAUUCCAGCCGUGCCACACCUUCCUUCCUUCUCCGGGGAACACUCUCUCUCUCUCUUGCAGCAGCACAUUUCCUGAGCAGGUGCCAGCAGGUAUCACCCACCUUCAUCAGAUGCCAGCAGGUAUCACCCACCUUCAUCAGAUGCCAGCAGGUAUCACCCACCUUCAUCAGAUGCCAGCAGGUAUCACCCACCUUCAUCAGAUGCCAGCAGGUAUCACCCACCUUCAUCAGAUGCCAGCAGGUAUCACCCACCUUCAUCAGAUGCCAGCAGGUAUCACCCACCCACCCACUUUCCUUCACUUGGCCAGCACACACCUUUUACAGGAGUCACACGCCUACAGGGUUACUGACAGUUCCACAAGUCCCACUUUGUCACACGCCUACAGGGUUAGGACACCUGUGACCCUUUUAAAGCAGAACUCCAUCGGAGUGUUUGCGGGGAAUAUGUAUAUGAUGAUUGUGUUUGCCGUGUGAGGUCAGCACAUUCCCACUUUCUAUUACAUGUCCACCACAAGAGUGUGUGCGCGUGUUUGCGUGCGUGCGUGCGUGUGUGUGUGUGUGUGUGUGUGUGUGUGUGCCAUGAGAUGCCCUCACAGCCACAUGUACUAAAGGAGCAAUGUGUCAAUCAUGUAGCAUAUUUAUGAUUAUUGUCUGCUUCUUGUCAUUAAAGUAUAUUUUACUCUC